AUGCCAUCCUCUCCUGAGUCACCGUUGCGCGCGCUCUUCAAGGCUCUGGAGAAGAAGUGCCCGAAGUACCAUCAAGAAUUCGAGCAGGUGUGCAAGGUGGUGGGCCAGACCGCCGUGGCACUGGAUAGGGCAUCACCGUACUUCGCUAAAGCGGCCGAUUACGCCUUUGUUGUUAAGGAGCAGACUACCAGGUUCAAGCUGGAGGAGUUCGGACCGAUGCUGCUCGGCCUUGCGCUCUGCUUCUUCGGCGGAUCCUACACAAUGCUGAUCGCUGUAGUGGAGACGGUGCACCUUCUCUGUUGGGAGGACCUCAAGCGUUCCUUCCAGGUGCUGUACCACAACUACGAGCUGGCAGCGGAGCAGAACCGCAAGGACAACUGCGUCGACGUCGAGGGUAACGGUGUGGCGGAUGUGCUGGAGAUGUGCCACACCGAGCUUCUCUCUUGUAAGGCUGUGCUGUUUCUCAAGUCCGUGGACGUCGAAGCCGCUCAGAUGGCCGGGCACACUUUUGGCGCUGCGGCCAUGGCGGUGAUUGCGGCACUGCGUGUGAAGUUUGCCCGGUCGCUUGCACUCGGCGGGUCGCUGGCGAAUAUGGCAAUGGAUUACAUCCCACUGGAGGAAGCGCUGAAGGACGCUCUCCCGGCGGAGCACAAGAAGUGGGCCGGCGUAAUCGCGAAAGUGGUGAUCAACGCGAUUGCCAUGAUGCUGGCGUCCCUGGUGAGUGGCGCCAUUGGCAUGUUGCAUUCUUGUAUCCGUGGCGCUCACAUGUUUGUGCAGCAUACCGUGCACCUCGCGAAGGAUCACGGACUCCUGGAGGAUGACAUGACGCUGGACAACCCCAAGGCCAAGGCGCUGGUUGCUGUGGUCGCCUCGAUAGGGCUUCUCUGGCAGGCAACGCACACGGAGGCAAACCCCUUCCCCAUCAAUGUCUUUCUCCUACCCUUCACGGUGGCUGAGUAUGCCCUUUUCUUCCUGGUGAACGGCUUCCUCUUUGCGGCACCGUAG